AUGUAUGAUGGAAGUGGAUUUGUGCAAUUCAUAAAGGGUAUAGCAGAAAUAGCCCAAGGUGCAACAAAGCCUUCAAUCCUCCCACUCUGCUGUAGGGAGCUUCUUUGUGCCAGAGACCCUCCAAGAGUUACAUGCAUCCACCAUGAAUACAAACAACUACCCCUUCAAGACGACAACAAAAAUGUGUUCUUCAAACCCUCCCAUGCUUCCUUCUUCUUUGGCUCCAAAGAGAUUGAUGCAUUGCGCUGCCUCUUCCCUCUUCACGUUGCUCAAUCUUCUAGCACCUUCGAUGUCCUCAGUGCAUGCCUCUGGCGUUGUUAUACAGCUGCACUGCAUCGGCAAAACCCUAAUCAAGAAGUUCGCUUCAUGUGUGCAGUCAAUGCACGUUUUCAACCUUGCAGCGGUGAGAGCUACUUUGUUCCAUAUACUAACUCUAAAGGAGAGCAUGGUACGGUGGUUUUAAUUUGCCUGCCAGAAGAAGGCAUGGAAAGAUUUGAGAAAGAGCUUAAUGGGAUGGUCAAGAUCAAGGAUGAAGAGAAAACUAUCAAGUUGAUGUCCAAUCUUUAG